AUGACGAGUCCCGGAGUCGUUUGGGAUGGUGCUUCUCUUCUUCUCGCCACCGAUGUGGCUGGGGUAAUUCACUGCUACCGGUACACGACGGAGAAGGUGUGUGGCGAUGACACCGACGAUGAUGAUGAGCGUGUUGCCGUCUUGACACACCUUUGGUCGCGUAGUAUUGGGGACGAGGAGGUGCCGUCUGAGUUGGUGACGGGAAAUGGUAGUAGCACGUAUUCACUGGCGUCUUUGACUACAGGAACCCAACAAACGGUGCGGGACGCACGCGCUGGAUUUCAGUGUACACUUUCAAAGCGUCUUCUCCGCCUACAGUCCGCCUCGGCCAUGCCCGCUCUUUCGGUGGUGCCGGACCCAUCGGGAGACCACGGCGGCCUGUCGUCUGGACCACCCAAGAAGUCGCGUUUGACUGGCGGGCAGAGCAGCACCAACGACUGCAAUGCAGACAUAGCGUAUAGCACUACCGCCCAAGGCACCAGAGAGGGAGGGAGCAACAGCAACUCUCCAGCAGCGGUAGCGCAUUAUCUUCGACGACAGGCGAUCGACGCCCAGUGCCCGUUCUGCACAUGGGCGUCUUCCUUAUCUUCGUCACCGUCUGCUGCACUUGCCUCAGUCUGCUUGUCGUCCACUCCCGAGCUCGCCUGCGCCUCGCCUGUUGCCGUUCGUGAAAAGCCAACGAGUGCAGUAGUCUCAGCUGCUUCCCCGUCGUGUCGUAUCGGCACGGGCGACCGAGCCGAGAUGGAAUGUAGAUGGAGCAAAGGACCGGAAGAGACUGAUGGGGGUUGCUGUGGUAGCGCUGAUAAUUGCGAGAACCUCUUUCGACCCUGCGACUUUAUGGCUCGAAUCCCGGAGGCUGCCUACAGCACUUUCAAUGCGAGUGCGACAGCUCAGCCGGCGGUAGAGACAGGCGCUAUCAUGUCCACUGAUCGAAACAAUCCGGUAGUGGGGUGCAGGUCCAGCCCAUCUGCCGAGGUCGCAUGGUAUUGGCGCUGCCCACGCUCCGUCUUCGAUGCGCGCACGGCACCCGACGGUAAAAGCAGCGACACAAAGCACACAGCGCACAGACACGUUGUGAACGAGAAUGAAACCAGUCAGCUAAGCAGUGACAAGACGGAGAAGGAAACGACUAAGUUUGGUGACGAUGCCGCAGUGGAGCAUCUAUGGAUGUCUUUGCCCGAGGCAGUGAGGCACUGGAAUGCCAUCUGCUGUCAUCAUCACCAACUGCUGCUCUUGCGCCACAUGGAGGAGCGGUACAGCGAGCUGGAUCUAUUCACAGGGGCAUCGCUUGGUAGUGUUGCUUUGACGGCUGACAUGGCUGCGGCGACCGAAUCAGCGAUCCUAGAUGCAACAUCGUCUUCCAACAACUUGGAGCACAGCAUUUUCUCUUCCAUCAGUGACGGCAGCAGCACCGAGAGUAGCAGCGACAGCGUUGAUGGCGUCUUUGAUGCGACUGGCGACGGAGUGCCGCGUGCGGUGUUAUCGCUGAAGACGCAGCGAUAUCAAACACUCAUCAUGCAGGCGCGAGUGCCCCGCUCUCCCACGAAAGUCGCUAAAAAGAAGACAAGGAAAGCCACAAUGCCUGCUCCGAUACGGAAAACAGCUCACAGGUGCUUGGCAAAGCUCUCCGCACCGGUGAUUCAGCUUGGUCUAACAUGGCACCAACUCAGACAUGGAGUUCAUAAGGAAUUGCCUUUCUCCGAUGCCGAUGAUGAGGGUGUGGAGGAGGGACAUCAGGGAGAAGCGGAGCUGGUUGCUGUACCUCAAGGCGAGGCUGCACAAUCAUUUCCGUCGAGCAGCAGCGAGAGUACGCUUCACAAUAGCAGCACAAGUACGUCGGACAUCGACAUGGAUGUCUUGGCGGGCCGCAAGCAGCUCCCCCCGCAGUACUCCUUUGUCCGCGCUGUCAGUCCUGCAUCGUCGCAAUCUUUCAUUUCUGCAACUUCGCAGAGCGGCGCCGGCAAUCAACCAGCAACGCGCCCGAGAAAGACGCCUGCAAAACAGAAGCGUGCAGAAGCUGGCAGGAGCGCAAUGCCCUCCGCAGGACGCGAGGCAGUGCUGCAUGACAUCCCGGUAAGGUGCGGGCCGGGCGGAUGCGUGUACGGAGGAGUUGCUGGAACGGUUGGCAGCAUCACCACCACCUUCGCAAGCGUUGAGACGGUGCCUCCGCAGUUUCUUCUUCUUCUGCAGCUGCCUCUCCCUCUUGUGGAGGCGUUCUGGAUAACCCUGCCGUCAUCCUCCGCAUCGCAGAGCUCACAGAAUGGCAGCGAAGCGGCGAACCUGUAUCGCGCAGGCGCGCGGUCUAUGUUUGCAGUCGAGCUACGGCGUGUGCCGUGGCUUCCACACGACGUCUGCAGUCUUCAGGCUGCCGAGCCUGCUGUCGAUGCACCGAUAAACGCCGCCAGACCAUUGACCGCAUCGUUGGGUGAUGCCAGCGCAUCAGUGGGACUGACGACUCUGCAAGGAUUUGUCCUCGAUGCGCAGGGGGUAUCCUCGGCGCCGCGUGCGAUGUCUGUCGGGUUUCCGCGUAUCUUGCGUACGCUUUCUGCCUAUGACAUAUGUAUCGCUAAGAGUGCAUCUGUGCAUAGACCUCGGCUUGUGCACGACACCAUGGGAAACGUCAAGGGACUUAGCGCCUCUUCCGACGCAAGGGAGCGCGAGCGGUCUGCUAAGGAGGAAACGGCGCCAGAGUAUCGCAACAGUCCUCACGCUAUGCCCGCGGGAAGCUCGCACACAUCCUUAUUCUACAGGAGCAACAAGAGAAGCAGCAGCCUCUCUCACAGCAUCCGCCCACCUCCGAGCAACUACAGUCCGGCGAUAAAUUUUUUUGACGAAAACUUCGAGCCGCUCAUGCUACUUGGUCGCGGCGUUAGUGGGGCGGUGCUACUAGUGCGACAUCGCUUCACCGGCGUCUUCUACGCCAUCAAGGUGCUGGUCGCUCGCGACUACGAGAGUGAGUGCGAUAUUCUGCAGGAGCUGCGGGUUCAUGCGAUGUUGGAAAACCGAUACGUAGUGCGCUACCAUACCUGCUGGUCCGAAGUCAUCUCCCCCAUCCGUGCACAGCAGCUGGCGUUCAUCGGUGUGUGCCACCCGUACGAGGCGAAUAUGGCACGCCGCAAGCGACUGAACUCAGCCUCUUCUUCCUUCUCGUCCACGAUGCCUAGACGGAGCGCACGGGACGGCACCUGGCACCCACGCGCAAACUCCGAUGGAUGCAUUCCCACCAGGUCGCAGUUGCGCAGUGCGCCUGGUGGGUGGGAUCACCUGAGGCUCCCAAGCCAUUUGAGCACGAUUCUUGUGGGGAGUACUUCAACGAGUGAGUCGGCGACGCCGGAGGUGGCGCAGAAGCGAUCGCGUCCGCAACUCCGCGGCAGCGCUUGGAGUGCAACCAUCAUGGACGAACUUGAAGAUUUGACGGAUGAGGAAGGGGACGAAACGCUUCUCGGCCAGAUGGAGAAGUGGCAAGGAUGGGCAAGUGAUCGGUUGGGGUACUCAGGUCCAGGAAUGCCGUCACCUACAGCGAUAGAGCCACAACCCGCACGGCACCCUCUAGCCGUUUCGUCGCCCUCUCCGGCUGUGCGGAACACGCAUGCUCUCCUAGCUUCACUCCGACUACGCAAGAAGCCGCCCAUUGCCUCUGUUCUCAGCUCCGAGCCCCCAUUUGCCGCCUCAGACAGCAUGGGUGUCACCACUGUUCAGGAAGUCUACGACGGCGAGGAAGAAGAGGCGGAGUCCAUCUUGGAUUAUACGCAAGGGGGCGACUGCAGCAGCAGCGUGAGUAGCGGCAACAGCUAUGGCAGACCUGCACCCGAGAAGGACAGCCUCCAGCGGCAGAAGGGGCACACCAUCAUUGGCACACGUGUGGUGUUCCUGCAGAUGGAGCUGUGCCAGGGGACUCUUGCGCAGUACCUCGCCUCGCGCGCUUCCAUUAAUCGCGUGGAGAACUUGAUCAUUGCCAUGCAGAUGGUGGCAGGUGUGCGGUACCUGCAUCAUCGCGGCAUCCUGCACCGUGACGUGAAGCCGACAAAUGUCUUUCUGGAUUACCGGUGCCAAUACGACAAGACAGUCCACCAGUUGAACAUGUCGGACACAAGCAGUGCUGAUGGAGGCUCUGAGGACGAGGGUAGUGCGGAAGCUUCCUUGGGGUUUUCAGGGUCGCCUGCCUCUCCCUGCAGCGCUGCGGCGGCAGGGAACGGCGAAGGCGACAACGAGGCCUGUGAACCUCUGUCAUCGUCAGCCCUAACCUUGUGUCGACGUCACCCAAGAGUCUGUUCGCCGGAGCUUCCGUCCGGUGGCUGCAGCCCGAGCGUGUCUUCUGCGCCGCGGCGCUCCUCUAUCGUACCACCUGGCAUGCAGAGCCUCUACCCUGCUGUCCCCUCCUCUCUCGCGUCCGACUGGAAUGCGAGGAUGACCAUGACUUCGCUGAGCAACUUGCCUUCAUGGGAUGGCGAGCGGGCAGUCCUCGAUUUCGUCAUGCACGCGCCUCACCGCAUCGCUUCUGAGAUGCUGCAGGAGCGACUGCUUCGGCGGCCGCCACCACCUGCGGUUUGCCAACGUGCCAGCUCGAAGUGCAAGAUGAUGGAGAAGGAGAUGGGCUCCUCGGAUGCACCGAUGCCACUUAUGGCGCCCAAUGGUGGUCGUAACUUUCGCCGCCGUCUAGCGAAUUGGCUGCUCCACCGCUUUGUGCAGGUACGCCUGGGAGAUUUUGGGCUGGCUAAGUUUCUGUAUCAGCAGGAGCUGCGUGUGGAUGGCUUUGUUUCGAUGAACGCGAUCAACACUACUGGCGUUGGCUCUCCGCUCUACGCGAGCCCAGAGCAGCUUCAGGGAAGUCGGUGCACACCUGCCUCGGAUGCCUUCUCGGUCGGCGUAGUACUGGCGGAGAUGUAUCUUCAGCCCAAGACCGUUGCGGAGCGUUUGACGGUGCUGCGCGAGGUGCGUGAGGGGGUCUACCGAGAUACGACGCUGCUUUCCCGGUUCCCUGAGCUGAAGCUGGUGCGGCGCUUAACUGCAGCAGAACCAGAGCGCCGUAUGACCCUCGCGGCGCUUCACAAAGACCUCAAGUCCUUUCUUGAACAGGCACUGCACGAGGAGGUGUGCCGUCACUACGAGUAG